AGAGGGUGAGAGGCAGUGGGAGAGAGAGAAAGAGGGAGGGAGGGAGAGUGAGAAAUAGCGUGUGAGAGAGAGACAGAGAAGAAGAGAGGGAGAAAGAGGGACACGAGACAGAGAUCAGACAGUGAGGGGGACUUUUCCAGGGAGCUUAGGUCCUGGCAGUGGAAGGAUUACAAGGACAGAGCUGAUCAGUAUUGGAUCUUGACAAGCCUAGUACAGCUGCCCGCAUGGGACACAGGACUACAACCAGAACAACAACCUAACCCCCCCGUUCUAUAAUGGGUUAUUAUCGGAGCACUCCCCCAUGUUCAUGUAACUGUACUGCGUUUGAAUGAGCCUGUUGAUGGAUUGUUGGGCUCUGGAUCUCUGGAGUGACGUGUUGGGAGCGAGGAACUUGUUGUGCUUCCAUAACCUGAAGGAGAAGUGAAUGACAAGACCCUUUGUGACUGAGUUGGACUUUUCAGUUAAAACACAAGGGUAAUGUUAUAUCUGGCCACCGUCAAUCUCGAUCUGUGACUUUAUCUCGAUAUGUGAUUAUUGAUACAAGCAUCUGUAAGAAACUAGACAGAUCACUUGGGUCAACAUUAAAUUGUUACCGUUAGAGAAGCAAAGAAGUUACAAGAUUUGAUGUUAUUUGAGAAUCCAAAAUUGCUAAACUGUUGACAGGGGAGAUGAAAUCAGCACUGCUCAAGGCUCUGACUGCGUUGUAAGUUGAACACCAUUGUGGCCGACUGUAACCCGAUCUCCAACACACUGCAGUAAUUACAAGGUGCAUGCAGGGAAACAUAAAGGGAGAUUUGUAAUUAGACCUGUCUAUAAAAAGAGCCAGGCAAAGGGCGAGGUCCCCACACAGAGAGAGAGAAAGGGGGAGAGUCAGGCCAAGGACACCCAACUUGAAGGGAGGGAGGGGGGGCUGUCUGGAGGCAUAGAAAGGAGGCUCCCUGGGGGCAAAGGAAAGAGGCUGCCUGGGGGCAUUUUUGAGUGCAAGUGACACCCAGACCCCCAAGGCGGGGGCAACGACACCUAACCUGAAGGGAAGGAGGCUGCCUGGAGUCACCAUUGGGAAGAAGAUACACCCAGACAGCUUUUGGCAAUUAGGGGACAGGAGGUGUGACCAUGGACCCCCAAGGCGGACACUACCUGAACAAGGCGGCGGUGCUGUCUCCUCUAGGAGCGGCCCGUAUGCUCCAGCUCCUCCUGGGCUGCACCAUCAUAGCCCUGGUGGCCCACAGCGCCGGAUACAACCACGCCUAUGGUAUCUACUGCAUGUUUGUGUGGUGCUUCUGCUUCGCCAUGACCCUGCUGGUGUUCACCAUGGAUGUGACACGCCUCCCCUGCUGCAUGCCCAUUUCCUGGGACAACCUCACUGUGGCGUUCGCCAUGCUCGCCACACUCAUGUAUGUCGCCGCCUCCGUCGUCUACCCCGUCUACUUCCUGCGCUCUCAGUGCUCCAAGUCGGACGGGGGCUGCGAGGUGCGCAACUACCGCAUCGCUGUCACCGUGUGCUCCAGUUUCUGCUGCUUCGCCUACGCGGCUGAGGUGUUCCUAACCCGGGCCAAACCCGGCCAUGUGGUGGGCUACAUGGCCACUAUGUCAGGCCUGCUCAAGGUGGUCCAGGCCUUCGUGGCCUGCAUUAUAUUCGGGGCCCUGGCCAACGGCAGUGAGUACAACCGCCACAUCCCCACUCAUUACUGCGUGGUGGUCUACAGCCUGUGCUUCUCCAUCACCGUGGUCGUGAUCGCUGUGACCGUGUCGGGAAAAGCCUCGGCUCUGCCCCUGCGUUUCCCCUUCGACCGCUUCGUGAUCAUCUACACGUUCCUGGCGACGCUGCUGUACCUGAGCGCCGCCCUGGUGUGGCCCAUCUUUAGCUUCGACAGGAAGUAUGGCACGCCGGGUCGCCCUGACGGCUGUCCCUGGGAGAACUGUCCCUGGGACAGCAAGCUGGUGGUGGCGGUGUUCACCCAUGUCAACAUGGUGCUGUACUUCAGCGACCUAAUCUACUCCCAGAGGAUCCGCUUUGUCUCCCACUCUGCUGCUUGAGGACCCUUUCCACCUUCCUCGCUCCACUCCGCUGCUUGAGGACCCCUCCACCCUGCACUCUGCUGCCUGAGGACCCCUCCACCCUCCACUCUGCUGCCUGAGGACCCCUCCACCCUCCACUCUGCUGCUUGAGGACCCCUCCACCCUCCACUCUGCUGCCUGAGGACCCCUCCACCCUCCUCACUCCACUCCGCUGCUUGAGGACCCCUGCACCCUCCACUCUGCUGCCUGAGGACCCCUCCACCCUCCUCACUCCACUCCGCUGCUUGAGGACCCCUCCACCCUCCACUCUGCUGCCUGAGGACCCCUCCACCCUCCACUCUGCUGCCUGAGGACCCCUCCACCCUCCUCACUCCACUCCGCUGCUUGAGGACCCCUCCACCCUCCACUCUGCUGCCUGAGGACCCCUCCACCCUCCACUCUGCUGCCUGAGGACCCCUCCACCCUCCACUCUGCUGCCUGAGGACCCCUCCACCCUCCACUCUGCUGCCUGAGGACCCCUCCACCCUCCUCACUCCACUCCGCUGCUUGAGGACCCCUCCACCCUCCACUCUGCUGCCUGAGGACCCCUCCACCCUCCACUCUGCUGCCUGAGAACCCCUCCACCCUCCACUCUGCUGCCUGAGGACCCCUCCACCCUCCACUCUGCUGCCUGAGGACCCCUCCACCCUCCUCACCACGCUGAUGCCUGAGGACCCUCCUCACUCCUGUGGACCCCUCUAUCCUCCUCAGUCCUGGGGACCCCUCUACCCUCCUCAGUCCUGGGGACCCCUCUACCCUCCUCACUCCUGGGGUGAAUCUCAAAAGUUUUUUCCUCGAUUCCUCAUUGGACACGGCGUACAAGGUAAGGGAGGAGAGCAUUGGAGAAGACAAGAGGAGAUACGAUAUUUGAAUGGACUUCUGCCUCGCUCUGACGUUGUGAGGAGGCGUGGAGAGGGGAUACGAGGAACAGAGGGUAUAGACUUUUGAGUUGCACCCCUGGCCCUCAGAGACAGACAGAGACCACACUGGAAAUGACACACCGCAUCUCCACUCAAGUGCCUCUGAAUGCCCCAUGCCUACUACAGAUUACAUAUCGCCUCAAUGAUGUUAUGGCUUUGUGCCUUGAUGUGUCUUUCUUUAACAUCAGUGCUGUCUUUCUUAACAUCAGUGUUGUCUUUCUUAACAUCAGUGCUGUCUUUCUUAACAUCAGUGUUGUGUCUUUCUUAACAUCAGUGUUGUCUUUCUUAACAUCAGUGCUGUGUCUUUCUUAACAUCAGUGUUGUGUCUUUCUUAACAUCAGUGCUGUCUUUCUUAACAUCAGUGCUGUGUCUUUCUUAACAUCAGUGCUGUCUUUCUUAACAUCAGUGCUGUGUCUUUCUUAACAUCAGUGUUGUGUCUUUCUUAACAUCAGUGCUGUGCCUUUCUUAACAUCAGUGUUACAUCUUUCUUAACAUCAGUGUGUCACGCCUUAGACCUUAGAGAGACGCCUGACCUUAGAGAGACGUUUUAUUUGGUUAGGUCAGGGUGUGAUGUGGGGUGGGCAUUCUAUUUUUUGUUUUCUAUGUUUCUUUAUUUCUAUGUUUUGGCCGGGUAUGGUUCUCAAUCAGGGACAGCUGUCUAUCGUUGUCUCUGAUUGGGAAUCAUACUUAGGUAGCCCUUCUUCCCUCCUUUCAGUGUGGGUAGUUAACUUUGUUUGUGGCACUUAGCCCUGUAAGCGUCAUGGUUGUGUAUUUAGUUUGUUGUUUUGUUAGCGACAUUUUAAAAUAAAAGGAAAAUGUACGCUUAUCACGCUGCAAUUUGGUCCACUUCGUUUGACGGCAGUGACACAGUGUUGUGUCUUUCUGAACAUCAGUGUUGUCUUUCUUAACAUCAGUGUUGUCUUUCUGAACAUCAGUGCUGUGUCUUUCUGAACAUCAGUGCUGUGUCUUUCUGAACAUCAGUGCUGUGUCUUUCUGAACAUCAGUGCUGUGUCUUUCUGAACAUCAGUGCUGUGCCUUUCUGAACAUCAGUGCUGUGUCUUUCUGAACAUCAGUGCUGUGUCUUUCUGAACAUCAGUGCUGUGCCUUUCUGAACAUCAGUGCUGUGUCUUUCUGAACAUUAGUGUUGUGUCUUUCUGAACAUCAGUGUUUUCUUUCUGAACAUCAGUGUUGCCUUAACAUCAGUGUUGCCUUUCUGAACAUUAGUGUUGUGUCUUUCUGAACAUCAGUGUUGUGUCUUUCUGAACAUCAGUGUUGUCUUAACAUCAGUGGUAUGUCUUAACAUCAGUGUUUUGUCUUAACAUCAGUGUAUUUCUUAAUAUUAUUAACAGUAGUAUCAGUAUUAUAAUCUCUAAGAGAAACCUGAGACAAGGGCCAGCACUGUUGUAGGCACUCUGUCUAAUGGUGCAGUACAUUGGUUUCAUUCAGAGCUUUGAACGUGUUGGACGACAUUUUCGUAGUGCAAAAGCGAUGUGCUAAAUGCGAAAGAACUCUGUAAACCUCAUAGUCUGGCAGUGUGAUUUAAACUGAAACUUUUCCUCUACAAUCUGUGUUAUAAAGAAGCUAUUAUUUAUAAGGUUUAGUAAACCGAGCAAUCAAUAAAAUGUAGUCGCCCUCUAAUAAUGCACAUUGUUGAAAAAACAUUUUCAAGAUUCAUGGUCAUUACUGUACUUUGCUUUUGUUCUAUGAACAUGUCGGCCAUUAUGUAUUGAAGGACGUCAUAAAUCAUCACUGGGUUGUUUUCAUGUCCUGAAAUAGUCUGUUUAAUUUAUUGUGUUUCAAGAAACUUUUAUCUUAACUAAGAUGUUUUUAAAAAUAAUGACAAUAAUAUAUAAAAAAUGCAAUGUGUAGUGUGUUGAAUUGGCUUUCCAUCAUUGAGUACUUUUGGUGUUUAUACUAACACCCAACUGCAUGUUUCAACUUCAGCUCCUCUUGUUUUAGUCCAUGUUCAGUCAGUGUGUAGAUUCAUUAUGAGCUGAAUGUUCAGUGUAUCAACUGUCUAUACGAAAUUGGUAAUAUAUAGUGUGUGUGUGUGAGUGUGUGUGUGCGUGUGUGUGUAAGGGGGGGAGGUUAUGGAAUUGACUGCAUAGGUACAGCUACCACUAUUUGAUAUGUGAUGUCUGCACUGUAAAACAUCCCUGAACACUGUAUUCUAAUGACAACCAUGCGAUGUACUCAAUGAUUUAAACCGAUAGAAAAGUUCUGAAACUUGUGAACAUUCAAAAUAUCAUUAAAAUGAACAGAUUGUUUAGUCUGUGCACCUGUUCAUCUCUCUCCCCUUGUCUCCACCUUCGUGAACAGUGGGCUGCAGACUAGCUGGUAAUAGGCAUAAACAUUACUGAUGCAUCUAGUCAAUCAGAUAUAUUAGGUUUUGUUUCUGACACAAAAUGCUGCUCUGUCAGGGGAUCUGUGAUCUUACAUUUGUAUAGCAUUAUAGCCUGUGAUGAAAACACCAUCUCAACAUUAUAUUUCCCUAAUGUAUGAGUGAAUUAUAAUAGGCCUCUCUGCCUUUUAGGAUUAGUGUCCUGAAAUAGAGAGGCAAAUACCUUGAUAGUAUAUCUUAUCACUAACACGUCGAUGUGUUAAGGCAGUAAAUAAAAGGGCGGCGCUUUUAUACUUAGGUAAUGAAUGCUCUUCCGGAUUCAGCCACUAGAAGGGCAUGAUCUGGAACGUAACCUAGAGGUUUCUUCUCCACGCCCACUGUACUUGCAAGGCUGAUGCAACUGGCUGUACACAGCUUACAGAACCCAC